AACAAAGAUUUCGAAGAGCAAAACAUAAGAACAAGGAUGUGGUGAUCCGUCUUAUGAAACCUGGCCAGGGUUUUUUGGGCGUAAUCAGCGCCGAAGUUGGGGUCGCAUGCUAGUUGACUUGACGGGGUCAACUACGCAUGAGGUUCUGGAGCAAAUGCUCCCAAGGCUGAUUCGAACCAGUGACCUGGCUCCGAACAAACGAAUGUUCCGCGUCGACCACGAAGCCACUCGGGUGAUUGGCGACAGCAGCAGUUUGUUUGUUGCUCUUAGUACUUCAGCUGCAGCCCCGUUGGACCCCAGAAAGACUUAAGAUUUACUAGCCGCAGAUUUCACAUGUGAAAAUGCCAAGACCAACAAACAGUGCCAAUGCAUACCGAGCUCUUCUGCGCGACCACUUUUCUCGAGCAGGCGCGAACCAGACAAGCCGACAAUAUGUCGCCUCUGUCCGGGUCCACGGCCGACAACGACGUCGAGAUGAUGGAUUCUCGUGGCGGAGAGCUCGAAGAAGGCCCACGCCCCAGUCUGACCGCGAAGAAUUUGAGGCUUUUCUUGCGGCGCCAGAACGGUGACGAAGACGAGAUGGACGACGACGAGGAAGAGGAACAUGAAGACGGAGACAAGAACAAGGCGCAGCUUCCAGAGAACCAGAAAUGGGAUCUCUCGCGACUCGAGACAAUGCGCUUCGCUGAAAGCCGCGCAUUCUGCCGCGAAGCGAUCAACCACUACUGGGGCGAUGAUUGGGAAGAGAAGAUGCCAGCACAUCUGAAGCCAAAGAAGGGCCCAAUUGAUCGAAUCUCAACCGAGCUGAUCCCGCUGGAGUUCGUCAAGUGGCCUGGGUCCAUGCACACUGCCAUGGCCUACUUCGCAUCGAGAAUUGAUUUCGACCGCGCAAUGGCUGUAUUUGAAGAGUGGUCGGAGAAACGGGAGUCCAAGUCCAUCUCCUUGCUAGGACUGACAUCGUGUGUGGUCUGGAAGGAGUACUACGACAUUUUUGGGCGUGUGGAGUUCCAGGGAGUCAGUGGAUAUGGCUCAGACACAGAGAGGAAGGAGGAUCUUGUGGAUGAUGAAGAGGAGACGUUAGACGGGGAAGAGGAUGCAGAGAUGCAGGAAGAGGAAGCGAACGGGCUCAAAGCCGGCUGGACAGCUACUUUUGCGCACCGCUAGUAGGGAGCUGUGUACAAGGUGCGUACUGGCCAUGUGAAAUGCCGAGCCAUCCUGUACAUUCUUUCCAGUCUAUGCUAGGAAAACUUGGUCUUAGUAGCUCUGUCUCGAUAUUCAUUUGAUGACAGCAUGCCACUCGUUGUUCCGGACACCAACGAGGGUCAACCCCUAGAUUCUGGAGAUACGCCUCAG